AUGUCUAAGCAACAACAUCGACAACCUCGUACAAUAGAAUAUUGGGCUGGAAAAAAACUUCAAAGAAGUUCAUCUGAUCUUUUUCUUGAUCGACCUCGACCAGGAAAUACUCUUUUUACAGGUCCGAAUGCGCUAUGGACUCAACGAUAUCCUAUACGAGAUAUCACUGGAGAUAUUGGUGAAGGAGAAGCAUCAAAACUUCGUUCGCUUGAUCUUGGAUAUUUGACAAGAGGAUAUGCGAUGGCUCCACCACUUCGUCGUGCAGCAUAUCCUGGUGAAAUUGGUUGGACAGCAACAUAUUUUCGUCAAUCUUCAAAACCAACUAAAUCAUAUAUAACAUGGAAAAAUUAA